AUGGGCAACAGUCUAAGGUGUUGUUUAGCUUGUGUUCUUCCCUGUGGAGCCCUAGACUUGAUCCGUAUAGUACACUUGAAUGGCUAUGUAGAAGAAAUAACACGUCCGGUCACUGCUGGUGAGGUCUUGAAGAACAACCCUAACCAUGUCUUAAGCAAACCUUCCUCUCAAGGCAUGGUCCGGCGAAUCCUAAUUCUCUCACCGGAGUCAGAGCUCAAACGAGGCAGCAUAUACUUCUUGAUACCGGCGGCUUCACUGCCGGAGAAGAAAAAAAAUGACAACCCUAAGAAGUCCUUCAAAAAGGCCAAGGAGUGCAGCUCUAAGGUAUCAAAUUGUGACAAGUACUUAUCGGAUAUCAUGUCGGAAACAAAGCCCUCACGCCGGGAUCGCCGGAGAGGACGUGUUGGGGCCCCUCGUGGCCCCUCAUCGUUUGUAGCGAUGCAGAUCAAAGAUUUUCAAUGUUCAUCUCGGUUUUGUAUUGUUUAUCAACGAGCUAUGCUAACAUGGGCACUGCUCACCAGCUGUUUGAUAUAA